CGGGGCGAGGGGCCGGCAGCCCUCCCGCAGCAAACUUUGCUUGCUGCUGAAUAUUGAUGAAUUCGAUCGGCACGGCCGGGAGGUGGCUGCCGCGGCUGGGGAAGGGAUCGCGGCCCGGGCAGGCGGCGUUGGCGGCGUCGGCAGCAGCCAUGUUUGUCAAGCCGUAGCAGCAGCAGCUGCUGCUGCUGCUUGCUACCGCCCAGACUCGGCUUCGCCGGCCGCUCCCCGGCCUCGGAGCGCUGCAGCCGCGGACGGAGCAGGCUUGCAGUCAGGAAGGCAAGCUCGGAGGAGCCCUCCGUCUCGACCGAUUCGCCCGCGGCCCUGGCACGGUUGCUGCAAACGGCUCGGGCGCCGGCUGGGCGCGGGGUGCAGCGCUAUUGUGACCGCUGCGCCCGAGCGAGCUAAGAAGGAGGAGGGGUGCCUUUUUGUGCUGCGUCCGGAGAGCCCCCCACCCUUCCUCCUGAACCCCACAGCCCCCUCCCCUGCGACAGAUCGGGCUGCUGGACCCGGACCGGAAAGCGGGGAGGAUGAUUCCUAUUUGAGAUUUGGGAAUUUUGACUGCCUAUGGGAUUUUAAUUUUAGUUCAGCCCAAGUGUCCACCAGUCUGCAGCUCAGGGGGGGAAAAAAAGGGCGGGGGGAGGACACGGGCUGUUUCCAUGUGGCAGGAUCAGCCCGGCUCCGGGAAGAUGGAGUUUGCGGAGGCUCACCGUGGCCAUUUUUCCAUGGUUGAUGCCAGCCCAGGAUGGAUCAGACCUGUGAACUACCUAGAAGAAAUUGUCUGCUGCCCUUUUCCAAGCCAGUGACUUUAGAUGUCCCUGAAGACAAGGACAGCCCUUUCGGUAAUGGUCAAUCCAGUUUUUCUGAGCCACUUAAUGGGUGUACUAUGCAGUUGUCGCCUGCCAGUGGAACAUCCCAAAAUGCUUAUGGACAAGAUUCUCCAUCUUGUUACAUUCCACUGCGGAGACUACAGGAUUUGGCCUCCAUGAUCAAUGUAGAAUAUUUAAAUGGGUCUGCUGAUGGUUCAGAAUCCUUCCAAGACCCUGAGAAAAGUGAUUCAAGAGCUCAGUCGCCCCUGAGGCCUGGCGGUGCAGCAGCACUUGCUGUGAAACAGGAACCCCGUGCUAAUAACUCCCCUGAACUCCAGGGAGAAGUUACAGAGACUACCAAGAGUGGCUUUCCGCACUUUGAGAAUUUUACUGGUGUGAACGAUGCAGAUGUAGAAUCUGAAAUGGACCCAGAACAGCCAGCCCCAGAGGCUGAAAGGAUAGCGGAGACUCAGAGCAAUGCCACCUGCACUGCUGAGCCUAAAUCAGAGCAUGCUGUAAAAGUGGCCGUGGAGAGUGAACGAGACGGCACAGCCGAGAGUAGCCCCGGUGCAGUCAAUUCGCCAUUCUUGCCAUUAGCUCCUCAGACCGAGACGCAGAACAAUAAGCAAAGGAGUGAAGUGGACGGCAGCAGUGAAAAAGCCCUUCUCCCAGCCCCUCUUGCUCUAGGAGAUGCAGACCUUCCCCUAGAAGAGCAAUUAAACUCAAUAAAUUUAUCUUUUCAGGAUGAUCCAGACUCCUCCAGUACCAGUACAUUAGAAAACAUGCUAGAAUUACCUGGAACUUCAUCAUCAGCCACUUCACAGGAAUUGCCAUUUUGUCAACCCAAGAAAAAGUCUACCCCGCUGAAGUAUGAAGUUGGAGAUCUCAUCUGGGCGAAAUUCAAGAGGCGCCCCUGGUGGCCAUGCAGGAUUUGCUCUGAUCCAUUGAUUAACACACACUCAAAAAUGAAAGUUUCUAACCGGAGGCCCUAUCGUCAGUACUACGUAGAGGCCUUUGGAGACCCCUCUGAAAGAGCCUGGGUGGCUGGGAAGGCAAUCGUCAUGUUUGAAGGCAGACAUCAGUUUGAAGAGCUACCUGUCCUCAGGAGAAGAGGGAAGCAGAAAGAGAAAGGAUAUAGACAUAAGGUUCCUCAGAAAAUUCUGAGUAAAUGGGAAGCCAGUGUUGGUCUUGCCGAACAGUAUGAUGUUCCCAAAGGGUCAAAGACUCGAAAAUGUGCCAGCAGCUCGAUCAAGUUGGACAGUGAGGAGGAUAUGCCGUUUGAGGACUGCACACAUGAUCCUGAAUCGGAGCACGGCUUGUUGCUUAAUGGCUGCUUGGAGUCUCUGGAUUUUGAUUCUGAACAAUCUGCAGACGAGAAGGAAAAGCUUUGUGCCCGAAAGAACUCUGAUAACCCCAAAAGGACUAGUGUCAAAAAGGGCCACCUGCAGUUUGAGGCACAUAAGGAAGUGCGGAGGGCAAAGAUCUCCGAGAACCUUGGCCUGAACUUCAUCUCUGCGGAUGCAUCUGAUACGCAAGCAUCUAAUGAACUUUCCAGGAUAGCAAACAGCCUCACAGGGUCCAGUUCUACCCCAGCAACUUUUCUGUUUUCUUCUUGUGGAAAAAACACUGCAAAGAAAGAAUUUGAGGCUUCCAAUUGUGACUCUUUAUUGGGCUUGUCGGAGGGUGCCUUGAUUUCUAAACGUUCUGGGGAGAAAAAGAAGCCCCAGCGAGGGCCUGUGUGCGGUUCUAAAGUGCAGCUUUGCUAUAUUGGAGCGAGUGAGGAGGAGAAACGCAGUGAUUCCAUUAGUAUCUGCACCACUUCUGAUGAUGGAAGCAGCGACCUCGAUGCUGGGGAACAGAGCUCUGAGUCAGAUAGUGGUGUCCUUGAACUUGCAGAUACUUUUGAUAGAACAGAGAACAUGUUAUCCAUGCAGAAAAAUGAGAAGAUAACGUAUUCUAGGUAUUCUACCACAAACUCUAGGGUAAAAGCGAAACCGAAGCCCCUCCUCACUAACUCCCAUACUGACCACUUAAUAAACUGCACCAAGACAAUGGAGCUGGGAACUGAGAUACCUCCAGUUAAUCUCUCUGAUCUUACGGUGUCCACUCUUGUCCACAAACCCCAAUCAGACUUUAAAAAUGAUGGUCUCACUCCAAAAUUCAACACCCCGUCAACCAUAUCCAGUGAGAACUCACUAGUGACGACGGGUGGGACUACCAAUCAAGCUCUCUUACAUUUGAAAAGUAAACCCCCCAAGUUCCGAAGUAUAAAGUUCACCAAGCCUAAAGAAACUCCAGUGAGUGUAGAACCGCCAGUUCCAAAUGAGGACUGCAGUUUGAAAUGCUGCUCUUCGGAUACCAAAGGCUCUGCUCUGGCCAGCGGCCCUAAGAGUGGGAAGAUGGACGGGCUGAAACUACUGAGCAACAUGCACGAGAAGACCAGGGAUUCGAGCGACAUAGAGAGCGCGGUGGUGAAGCACGUUCUGUCUGAGCUGAAGGAGCUCUCUUACAGAUCCUUAGGUGAGGAUGUGAGUGACUCUGGGACUUCAAAGCCAUCCAAACCCUUACUUUUUUCUUCUUCUAAUCAGAAUCACAUGCCUCUUGAACCAGACUACAAAUUCAGCACAUUGCUAAUGAUGCUGAAAGAUAUGCAUGAUAGCAAGACCAAGGAGCAGCGAUUGAUGACAGCUCAAAACUUGGUCUCUUAUCGGAGUCCUAGUCGGGGGGAUUGUUCCACCAGUACUCCCGCAGGGGCUUCCAAGGUGCUGACUCCAGGGAGCUCCACGCAUAAGUCAGAAAAAAGUGGAGAUGGCGCUCCAGACACUGCCCGUCCUAGCCCAGGUGGGGUGGAGUCACCGCCGUCUGCUCCCCUACCUGUGUUAGCACCUGAGGGAAGAGACCCCCCUGCUUCUGUUAAACACCGUGCAAACUGUGUGACAAGGCGCCACUGUGGGCGAUCCAAGCCAUCCAAGUUGCGUGAUGCUUUUUCAGCCCAAAUGAGAAAAGACAUCGUGAACCGUAAGGCCUUAAAGAUAGAGCGCAAAAGAAAGCCCACCCGCCUUCCUGUGGUGACUGCUGAAGUCCCACAGCAGGGAGACAGAGAGGAUGGCUGCUCCGUGAGUGGCUCGUCCCCAGGUGUGGCGGAAGAUGCCGCCAAGGAGGACUCCUGUCCGCAGAAGGGCCCUGCAGCAGCUGAGGUUCGUUUUGAGAGCAAGGUUGAGCAGUCUGAUCCUGAUCAGUGCCCUGAGAAGCAGCCCACAGUCGAACGGAGCAGCAAAUGUUUGGAGUUGACCUCCGAAGCAAACAGCAAGAAUGACGAACCUAGCACUAUCAGUCAAGUGGUGCCUAAAAAACGGUGGCAGCGUUUGACCCAAAGACGCACCAAACCUCGUAAGCGUGGCAGCAGGUUUAGGGAGAAGGAGAACUCGGAGGGUGCCUUUGCGGUCCUGCUUCCUGGUGACCCUGUUGAGGAGCGGCGUGAUGAGUUCCCAGAGAGUAGAACAACUCCUUCCACACAUGGCCUGGAGCACUCACUGACAGAUCCAAAUCCUGCUGGCCACUUGGAUUCAGCUGCGCCACGUUUGAAUGUUUGUGAGAAAUCCGCUGCCAGCAAUGAGGAGCGGGAAAAGGAGCCAGGAAUUCCCAGCCUAACACCACAGGCCAAGCUUCCUGAACCAGUUGUGCGGUCUGAGAAGAAACGCCUUAGGAAGCCAAGCAAGUGGCUUCUGGAAUAUACAGAAGAGUAUGAUCAGAUAUUUGCUCCUAAGAAGAAGCAAAAGAAAGCACAGGAGGUGCACAAGGUAAAUUCCCGCUGUGAAGACGAAAGCCUUCUAGCCCGAUGUCAAUCUAGUACCCAGAACAAGCAGGUGGAUGAGAAUUCUUUACUUUCAACCAAAGAAGAGCCUCCAGUUCUUGAAAGGGAGGCUCCCUUUUUGGAGGGGCCCUUGGCUCAGUCAGAGCUUGGAGGUGGAAAUACUGAGUUGCCGCAGCUAACGCUGUCUGUGCCUGUGGCUCCGGAAGUCUCUGCACGAGCUGCCCUUGAGCCUGAGGAACUGCUUGUUAAAACACCAGGAAAUUAUGAAAGUAAGCGCCAACGGAAGCCAACUAAGAAGCUUCUUGAAUCCAAUGAUUUAAACCCUGGAUUUAUGCCUAAGAAGGGUGACCUUGGCUUUUCUAAAAAGUGUUAUGAAGCUGGCUAUUUGGAGAAUGGGAUUCCUGAUUCAUGUGCUGCGUCUCAUUCAAAAGAGUUUGGCAGUGGCACUACCAAAAUUUUUGAUAAACCAAGAAAGCGAAAGCGACAGAGGCAUAUUGGAGCUAAGGUGCAGUGUAAAAAAGUGAAAAAUGCCGACUCAUCAAAAGGGGUGCCAGGCUCAGAGGGAGAACUGAUGGCUCACAGGACAGCGGCAAGUCCUAAGGAGGCUGUUGAGGACGGAAUAGAACACGACUCUGGGAUGCCUGCAUCGAAAAAAUUGCAGGGCGAACGAGGUGGAGGAGCUGCACUCAAGGAGAACGUGUGUCAGAAUUGUGAGAAGGUGGGUGAGCUGCUAUUAUGUGAGGCUCAGUGCUGCGGGGCUUUCCACCUCGAGUGCCUUGGGUUAACGGAGAUGCCCAGAGGAAAAUUUAUCUGCAACGAAUGUCGCACAGGAAUACAUACCUGUUUUGUAUGUAAGCAGAGCGGGGAAGAUGUUAAAAGAUGCCUGUUGCCUUUAUGUGGGAAGUUCUACCAUGAAGAGUGUGUGCAGAAGUACCCACCCACGGUCAUGCAGAACAAGGGCUUCCGGUGCUCCCUCCACAUGUGCAUCACCUGCCAUGCUGCCAACCCCACGAGUGUCUCUGCAUCUAAAGGUCGACUGAUGCGUUGUGUGCGCUGUCCGGUGGCAUACCACGCCAAUGACUUCUGCCUCGCUGCCGGGUCCAAGAUCCUCGCGUCUAACAGCAUCAUCUGCCCGAAUCACUUCACCCCCAGACGCGGCUGUCGGAAUCACGAGCAUGUUAAUGUUAGCUGGUGUUUUGUGUGCUCAGAAGGAGGCAGCCUGCUGUGCUGUGAUUCUUGCCCUGCUGCUUUUCAUCGUGAAUGCCUGAACAUUGAUAUCCCUGAAGGAAACUGGUAUUGCAACGACUGCAAGGCGGGAAAGAAGCCACACUACAGGGAGAUUGUCUGGGUGAAGGUCGGACGAUACAGGUGGUGGCCAGCAGAGAUCUGCCAUCCGCGAGCUGUUCCCUCCAACAUUGAUAAGAUGAGACAUGAUGUGGGCGAGUUCCCUGUCCUCUUCUUUGGGUCAAAUGACUAUCUGUGGACCCACCAGGCCCGAGUGUUCCCCUAUAUGGAAGGAGACGUGAGCAGCAAGGACAAGAUGGGCAAAGGAGUGGAUGGAACGUAUAAAAAAGCUCUUCAGGAAGCUGCAGCAAGGUUUGAAGAGCUAAAGGCACAGAAAGAGCUACGACAGCUGCAGGAAGACCGAAAGAAUGAUAAGAAGCCCCCACCUUAUAAGCAUAUAAAGGUGAACCGCCCUAUAGGCAGGGUGCAGAUCUUCACCGCGGACUUGUCCGAAAUCCCCCGUUGCAACUGUAAGGCCACUGACGAGAACCCUUGUGGCAUCGACUCGGAGUGCAUCAACCGCAUGCUGCUGUAUGAGUGCCACCCCACGGUGUGCCCUGCUGGAGGGCGCUGUCAGAACCAGUGCUUCACCAAGCGCCAGUACCCCGAGGUGGAGAUUUUCCGCACCUUGCAGAGGGGUUGGGGCCUGCGGACAAAAACAGAUAUUAAGAAGGGAGAGUUUGUGAAUGAGUAUGUGGGUGAGCUAAUAGACGAAGAAGAAUGCAGAGCUCGAAUCCGUUAUGCCCAAGAACAUGAUAUCACCAAUUUCUAUAUGCUGACCCUAGAUAAAGACCGAAUCAUCGAUGCUGGCCCCAAAGGAAACUAUGCGCGGUUCAUGAAUCAUUGCUGCCAGCCAAACUGUGAGACUCAGAAAUGGUCUGUGAAUGGCGAUACCCGUGUUGGUCUUUUUGCCCUGAGUGACAUUAAAGCAGGAACUGAACUUACCUUCAACUACAACCUUGAAUGUCUUGGAAAUGGAAAGACCGUUUGCAAAUGUGGAGCUCCAAACUGCAGUGGCUUCUUGGGCGUGAGGCCAAAGAAUCAGCCUAUUGCCACGGAAGAAAAGUCUAAGAAGUUCAAGAAGAAGCAACAUGGAAAGCGCCGGAGCCAGGGCGAGAUCACGAAGGAGCGAGAGGACGAGUGCUUCAGCUGCGGGGACGCUGGUCAGCUCGUGUCCUGCAAAAAGCCUGGCUGCCCGAAAGUCUACCAUGCAGACUGUCUGAACCUGACCCGGAGGCCAGCAGGGAAGUGGGAGUGUCCAUGGCAUCAGUGUGACAUCUGUGGGAAGGAAGCAGCCUCCUUCUGUGAGAUGUGCCCCAGCUCCUUCUGCAAGCAGCACCGGGAAGGCAUGCUCUUCAUUUCCAAACUGGACGGGCGUCUCUCUUGUACUGAGCAUGACCCUUGUGGGCCCAACCCUCUGGAGCCUGGGGAGAUCCGUGAGUAUGUGCCUCCCCCGGUCCCGCUGCCUGCCGGCCCGGGGGCUCCCCUGGCAGAACAGUCAUCAGGGGCAGCUGCUCAGGCGCCCAAGGUAUCAGAUAAGGCAUCUGCUGAAACCAACCAGACGCCACUCUCUAAGAAAGCUCUGGCAGGGACUUGUCAGAGGCCACUGCUGUCUGAAAAACCUCUUGAAAGAACUGACUCCAGGCCCCUGCUUUUAGAUAGGGUCAGAGAACUGGCUGGAUCAAGCACCAAAUCCCAGUCCUUGGCAUCCAGCCAAAAGCCAUUGGCCAGGUCACCUUCAGUGGCAGGACCAAGACUGCAGCUAUCUGACAAACCUUCUCUGGCAACUGGCCCAGGCUCCUCACCCUCUGUCAGGCCCCAGCCACUGGAGAGACCUUUGGGAACAACUGACCCACGUCUGGAUAAAUCUAUAGGUGCUGCCAGCCCAAGGCCUCAGUCACUAGAGAAAACCCCAGUUCCUUCCGGCCUGAGACUUCUGCCACCAGACAGGCUGCUAGUGAGCAGCAGUCCCAAAGCCCAGACUGCAGACCGACCCCCGGACAAGCCCCAUAUCCCUCUAUCCCAGAGACUCCCGCCUACAGAGAAAGUCCUGUCCGCUGUGGUCCAGACUUUGGUGGCUAAAGAGAAAGCACUAAGGCCUGUGGACCAGAAUACUCAGUCAAAAAACAGAGCUGCUUUAGUGAUGGAUCUCAUAGACCUGACCCCUCGCCAGAAGGACCGGGCAGCAUCUCCUCCUGAUGGCACUCUGCAGGCUGAUGAGAAAGUGCCAGUGUUGGAAUCAAGCUCAUGGGCUGCCGGCAAAGGCCUGGGGCAUGUGCUGCGAGUGGUUGAAAAAGGCAGCGUGUCAGAACCUCUUCUCCAACCACCUGGAAAGACGGUGGCCCCUUCAGAGCACCCCUGGCAAGCUGUUAAAUCACUCACCCAGGCUAGGCUUCUUUCUCAGCCUCCUGCCAAGACUUUUUUAUAUGAGCCAGCAACUCAGGCCUCAGGAAGAGCUCCUGCAGGGGCUGAGCAGACCCCAGGACCUCCCAGCCAAGUACCAGGCCUGGUGAAGCAGGUGAAGCAGUUGGCCGGAAGCCAGCAACCAGCUGGACUUGCUGUCAAAAGUGGGCAGUCUUUCAGGUCUCUUGGGAAGGCCCCCGCCUCCCUCCCUACUGAAGAGAAGAAGUUGACAACUACAGAGCAGAGCUCCUGGGCCUUGGGAAAAGCCUCCUCAGGGGCAGGGCUGUGGCCGCUGGUGGCUGGACAGACGCUGGUACAGUCUUGCUGGUCUGCUGGGAGUGCACAGACAUUGGCACAAACCUGCUGGUCUCUUGGAAGAGGGCAAGAGCCCAAAUCAGAGCAAACUACACUUGCAGCUCUAAGCCAGGCUCCUUCCGGUCACAAGUGUGCAGAGGCGGAACAGAAGUGAUGCAGUGAAUGUCACCUAACCAGACAAGCUGUCCCCCCGCCAGGGUACCAUUUGGGGAGAGGAAUCUGUUCUUUAUCCCUCUUACAAAGCAGAUCUACCCCAACACUUCUGCACUGUUACUGUUUCUUUCCAUAGCAACACUCAGAACUCUUGUGAUAUUAGCCAGUGGGGACUUGCCGUUGUGUCCACCGUGUACGGAAAUCCAAGCGGGGCCCAGCCGAGGAACAGACAAGACUCUCUUUCCUCCAUCUUCACCAUGGUCAACUUAAAAUAAAAAGUCCAUUCUGGAGUCAAACAUGGAAUUCAAUUCCGCUGGUCAAGAUGGAAGGUAGAGGGGCUCUCAGAGCUAUUUCCCUCCCCUGACAGAUCCCCACUGGGGGCACCUGAUGAACCUGUGGGCAAAACUGAUGUUCUUCAAAUCGGUGCAGGUUUCCUAUGCACUGUUGCGUGCUCGGCCAGAUGUUAGUCACUGGCCCACAUGCAGAGGUGAACAAGGCUGGAUGCCCAUCGGUCUAACAUUGCUGCCUGCGUUCCCAGGCUGUUUCAAGAAACCUUUGACCAGGAAGUAACAGGAAAUUCUGUGGGGCCCCAGGGCUCCAUACUCAUUUUGAAAUAUCCUUUGUGGCACCGGAAGUGGUUGUGUUGAGUAAGCGUCUCCUGUGUGGAGUGUGUGUGUGUGCUGCGUGGACCUGCACACUCAGGCCGAGGUCUGCCAGUAGACAGAAGGGUGCCAUGUCAAGUCCAGGUGGUGCUGCUACCCUUGCCUCUGUGUGGGCUGCAUAGUGUCUGAAGAUGUCCGGAGGAGCAGCUGGUCGGGGGGAGCUGGGCUCUAUGGGAAUAUAGCUUUCCCAGCAUUGGACGAAGGCGACUGACAAGUUUACCUUUAUUUUCUACCGAGUUUCCUCUUUUGACAUGAACCCACCCCAUUCCCCAACACUCAGGUGCUUUCAGAUUUCAGUCUCGGGCAGUAGACAUAGGGAAGCUCUGGCAAGCACUGAGCUAGACACACCAGCUUCGGGACGAGUGCCAGAUCCUGAUGGAAAAUUACUUCUGGAUCCUUUGCCCUCCUGACUGAACAGAGGGGCGCUCUCACCUCCCUGAGAACUGCUGUGCUCUCCUGUGAGCGCACCUGUCUGCUGCCGUAGCUCAGAGGCAAGCCUGGAGACAAGUGAGGCAUGGUGUUGGAGCAGUGUCCUGUCUGAGAUGACUCCUCGUAACUGCUGAUUAUCUGUUACUGCUGCCCUGAGCUGGGGCCCAGGGCUGGGAAAUCUGUCGGUGCUACCUUGCCCUACCAUUCACCCAGCUCACCGACUGCCGGCAGGAAGUGCUGUGUGGCUUGUCCCCUCGCCCGCCCCCUGCACUCUGGUCCCUAGACCAAUGUGUUUACCUUUUUGCUUUGCCAACUUAGCCAACAGGCCACCCUCUGGCCCGACAUCUCCUGGCCAUAUACCAUCUCACGUAUGACUUUCACACCCUCCCCAGGAUUCUGUGUUUUAUACCAAUUUCCUCUUCCUAAGUUCCUACUACGGUUUCUCCAUCACUUCCAAGGAGGUAACAGUAGUUACAGAAGCAUUUGCGCUUUAUAGAAUCUGCUUUUAUUUCCCAAAGUUUGUCUCUAGGGUUGAGACACCUGAACUCAGGCAGAGGGCCGAGGCUGGGCAGGGCUGUCCCAAGUUGAGGGGCCUCUCUCUGCAUUUCCCCGAGACCUCAGAACCUCCUUUGUGAACUCCACCUGCCUAGUUCUCACUUUUAAUCCUAACUCUUCCCACGUCACCAGAGAGGAAAAGCUCUUUGUUCAAAAGGAAGAGAAAACAUAAAGCAUCUUAUUUUCUUUUAAAAGAAUUUUAAACCAUGAAAAAGAUAUUUUUAAAGAAAUUCACCCAGAACAUUAAAGGUUCACUAUAUUAAGUAUUUAUCAUGUGUGAGAUAAUGAGUAUCUUACUGCAGCUAGUAGGUCUCUUUCCCUGAGUCUCUUAGGUUGUGCGAGUAGGGUUUGCUUGGUGCCAGUCCUGUGCCCUUUCUCUCCUGCCAUCGUAGUUGUGAUCAGAAGAUAUCUGCAGUGCACUGUCGGAAUCUCUUCACUAUGUUGUGUGUUAAAUUACCGUAGCUCUUUGUUUCAUGAAAUAAACUGUGAAUUGGGGGGGUGGGGCGUGCAGGCUAUGUAAACAUUUAAAUGGAGAAGUUUCAUCCUGAACUAGCUUCACUGAAGUAGGCUUUGGUAGGUAACUGGUUUGAUGGCCACCUAGUUGGCGUCUCACAAGACGGGAAAGAACUGAGGGAAAGGGAGCCAGGAUUGGCCACUCUGUGGUCCGGUUUGGUUCUUUCCACUCUCCACCAUUCCGGAGGCUGCUUCCCAGACCCGACGUAGUUGGUUUUGCGGGGCAGCUCUUCACCUCAAUGGGUGAACACCAGGCUUCCAUCUCAUCACAGCAUCUAAUUUUAGACUGUUAAGAUCAUGGAAGCAGUCACUUUCCAAGUAGAGGCAGCAUCCUUAUAUGCGAGAAGGGGGAGGGGUGACUUUGCCAGCCUUUUCUAUCUAAUCCUGCCUAUCAAGGGACCCUUUCUCUAAGAGGCUGUGAUUGGCAGCUGAAGGACAUCUUAUAGAAAAUUCAUGAUCAUUAUCCAGGAUUGUUUUUGUGGUAUUUGCCUAAGUCCUUGGAAAUUGGGUUCUCAAGGUAGUCCAUCUCUGACCCAGUUCCCUGGGAGGGAUUUUUAGGGGCAAACCAAUAACCUCUCCUGGCUGUGUGUACUCAGGAGAAAAGUAUGGAAUUGUUUGAAAUAUGCAUUCAAAUAAGAAAAAAAAAAAACCAGCUAUUUCCACUACAGAGAAUCCACGUUUUAAAAAAAAAAGUCUGCUUUCGGCUGAAGUCCCCUAGUUUGUGCCGAGCCUCUUCUGAACCAAAGCCAUUCCUUCUGCAUUGAUGAAAAUAAUCACUUUCAUUCUUUGCUUCUCCCACUCACUGCAGUCAGGGUUUGAUAAAAAUGUACCUUCCUUGCUUUCCCGGGUUCAGCACCCCUUGCUCGCUGUCAUCUGAUGCUGCAACUCAUGAGAUGGGGUUCCUGGAGGGAGAUCUGGUCCUGGCAGGGGAGCACUAAGCUGGGAUAUUUCACCCUUUGCUCCUUGCAAGUGGGCUUACUCCUAAGGCUUUUAUUUUGGAAUAGUGACACCUUUGGGCUUGUCAGCCAGUCAGGGGGUCCCAGCGUCCUCUCUAGGCUCCUGGCAAGAAAGGAAGCCCCUUCCCAAGCUGUUCCAUGUCAGACAUUCCAGAUCAUUUAGAGCUAAGUGGCUGCUGUGCAAGCUUCUGGUUGGCUGUGGCAGGGAACUCAGCUGAGCUCCCUAGGGCCAGAGGUUACUGUAGUGUAUAUUGAAAUAAGAAUAGAAAAUUGCAAUGUAUACAAAAAUCGUAAUGAUGGUGCUAAUUUCACGUUAAAGAUAAGCACUGCCAAGGAUGGGGACUGGUGACCUGAGAAACCCAGGCUCCUGGUGGGGAGAUGUUAGAGGAUAGAGCAGAGCCUUGGUGAAGCUGGCAUUCAGCCCUGGUGAUGUCCAGCACUGUCCAGGGGUGGACGAGAUUGUGUAUCCAGAUGAAGGUGGCUAGAGUUUCUCAGGGCUGGGGUCACCUUGUCCAUAGCCUCCGUCCACACUGCCUGAAACAGGCUGGUAGAGAGCUCUAGGUGUGGGGUCUCCCUUGGUUACCUCCUGCCCCUCUCUACCUCUUCCAGUCUCUUGGGAGCACCUCUAUUGCUUAUGAAGAUGAAGGGGAGUAUUUCUUAAGGAAGUGGGAAGAGUUUAUUUUAUUUAGAAGUCCACAACCUUGGAAGAAAUGUGUCCUGCCGGCAUAAGCAAAAACAGCAUGUCACAAGCUCUCCUGCAAUCCCGCCUCUGGAGCUGCUGUCCCAGGACUUGGAGAAUAUCGGGCUCUCGGGGCUUCCGGCACAACACCCUGGGAGCUGGAGAAGGCACAAGAGGUAGAAGCAGAAAUGGUCCUAGGUGCUUCACACCUCUAGGGUCGGGCAGAGCCAGUGGUGUCCAGCCGAGGCAGGUUCGGCCUGUGUGUGCAUGAGGGGCGGGGGACAGCGUGGACAGGUGCUCCUAGGAGAGCAGCUUUCUAGGUCUUGGCAAAGAAACAAGCUGAUGACAGAGAUCUAUCUUUAUAUUUUUUCAGAAAAGGAGAUGGGGGACAGCCAAGGUCUAUCAUGGUUUUCUUUGUGCUCACUCCCGCCCCCACAGAUCGUCAGCUGUAGGUGAAACUCCUAGUGAAAAGAGGGGAGCCCUGUGCUAGGAGUCUCCAUAAACAUGUACUGUAAUUCUUUGUACAUAGAAAAAUUACUGUAAAGUAAAGUUUAACUUUACUCUUC